AGCGUAUACUUGGCAGCGAGAGAUGUGCUACAGUACGAGGGGAGGCAUGGAGCGGCUCCCGGCUCUGUUGGCUGUCUGUCACUGACCUCACACCUCCAGAGCUGGUGUCCGGUUCACAGCGGGGGGUCCCCUCCUCCCCAGCCCGCAUUCUGCCCCUCCGGGGGGGAUCGUCUGCUCUCACGGAGACAUCGGGCUCCAGCACUGCGAGGCGCUGCUGCCGGCUGAUGAAUGGGUGCCCUCUGAGCACAGCCAGCUCCACGCCGCUCCAUACUUGCUUCGUCUCUUAAGAAGACCACAGCUGAGUAUCCCAGCACAGCACCAGGAGAGUUUAUGCCUGAACCAACAUUAGGCAAAGAAGACGGAAAGCAAAGGAAGGGGGGCGGGGGAGGAGGGGGGAAACAAUCUGAAAGUGAGCCAAGCUGUUGCAAGCAUGUCCUGGUGCUAAACCUGCUGCUUUCAGAGACCGGGGGAGGAGGAACCUUGUUUGGCGGAGAGGGGAAGGACAAAAGAAACUUGAAACUGGCUUUCCUUGUGGCAUGUCAGUCCUGAACACCCCCCCUCCCCACCCCCUGCUCGUUAAAUGAAAGCACCUGAGGAACACGAGAUUGCCUGCGUGAGAGGGAGGGCUGGUGCUGGACUGGGUGAGGGAGCAGAAAGGCAACUUGUGGCUUUGUGGUGUGGCUUACACUGAGAUCAGAGCUAGCGUGCCUGGGGGUGGGAGCAGAAGGAGAAAGGGCACCUGAUGCCAGCUGCCAAUAUGACAGAAACCCUGCAGCUCCCUGCCCUGCAAGUCCCGGAGCAGCAGGUGGUGGAGGGCAGCCGUGCCUGGUCCAGCUCAUCCACCCCCACCCUGCGCAGGAAGCGCUUCAAGAUGAGGCGGAUGAAGAAUGUGCAGGAGCAGAGCCUGGAGGCCAGCAGUUAUCAGGAUUCUCCUUCCUCCAGCAAGGAAUACCUGCAGCUCCCAUCCAUUGAGAUCACCCCCUCCAGUGAUGAGGACACCCCCUGGUCCAACUGCUCCACACCCAGUGCCUCCCCGCGCCGCAAGCGCUUCCUUCUGCGGAAGUGGCUGCGUGUCAGAGAGAAGAAGGAGUGCAGUGAGAGCAGCAGCCAGCAGAGCAGCCAGCAGAGCAGCCAGCAGAGCAGCCACGAUGAUGACUCGUCCCGAUUCCUGAGCCCUCACACGCGUGACGACAGUACUGCCAGUAACUCAAACCGCAGCACGCCUGCCUGCUCCCCCAUCCUGCGCAAACGCUCCCGGUCCCCAACACCGCAGGACUCCCAAGGAGACACCAUGGUGGAAAAAGGCUCAGACCACUCGUCAGACAAAUCCCCUUCCACGCCGGAGCAGGGUGUACAGCGGAGCUGUUCCUCUCAGUCAGGCCGCAGUGGGGCCAAGAACUCCAAGUCACACAAGCGCCUCUCCAAAAAAAGCCAGAGUUGGUAUAAUCAUGAGAGACAGUACAUCCGGAGAGUAUUGAGUCCGACGUACAAACAACGGAAUGAAGAUUUCAGGAAACUCUUCAAACAUCUUCCCGACACGGAGCGCCUCAUCGUAGAUUACUCAUGUGCGCUACAAAGAGACAUUCUCCUGCAGGGCCGCCUCUACCUCUCUGAAAACUGGAUCUGCUUUUACAGCAACAUCUUCCGCUGGGAGACGCUGCUGACAGUUCGCUUGAAGGAUAUCUGCUCGAUGACCAAGGAAAAAACAGCACGGCUCAUUCCUAAUGCCAUCCAAGUUUGCACUGACACUGAAAAGCACUUUUUUACUUCCUUUGGGGCUCGAGACAGGACGUACAUGAUGAUGUUCAGACUCUGGCAGAACGCUCUCCUUGACAAGCCUCUCUGUCCAAAGGAGCUCUGGCACUUUGUCCACCAGUGUUAUGGGAAUGAGCUGGGUCUGACCAGCGAUGAUGAAGACUACGUGCCUCCUGAUGAUGACUUCAACACAAUGGGUUGUAGCUGUACUGAGAGGUGUAAACAUAAAAACCUGUGUUCUCUGUGGCGUCUCAGCUACUGUGAAGAAAUCCCCGUGGAAGAGAAUGAAGUCAAUGACAGCUCCUCAAAAAGCAGCAUGGAGGCCAAGCCAGAAGCUAGCCCUCAGCUGCCAAAGAAAUCAGUAACUGCCAGCACACUGACAUCCACAGGGAGCAGUGAAGCACCAGCCUCGUUUGAUGGGGUGCUACCAGAAGAGGAGGAGGCGGUAGCAGAGAGUCCCGUGGAAAAAGACCUUGGCAUUGCAAAUAUCAUGGGAGAGAAGAUAGAGAUCAUUGCCCCUGUGAACUCCCCUUCCCUGGACUUCAAUGACAAUGAGGACAUUCCCACUGAGCUCAGCGACUCGUCUGAGACCCACGAUGAAGGUGAAGUCCAGGCAUUUUACGAGGACUUGAACGGCCGUCAGUAUGUGAACGAAGUGUUCAACUUCAGUGUGGACAAACUGUAUGACUUGCUUUUCACCGACUCCCAGUUCCAGAGGGACUUCAUGGAACAGCGCCGGUUCUCCGAUAUUAUCUUUCACCCCUGGAAGAAGGAAGAAAAUGGCAAUCAAACCAGAGUGAUCUUGUAUACCAUUACCCUCACCAACCCUCUGGCUCCCAAAACUGCCACUGUCACUGAGACACAGACAAUGUACAAAGCCAGCCAAGAAAGCGAGUGCUAUGUCAUAGAUGCAGAGGUGCUAACUCACGACGUCCCCUACCAUGAUUAUUUCUACACCAUUAACCGCUACACAUUGACUCGUGUUGCCAGAAACAAAAGCCGACUCAGGGUUUCCACAGAGUUACGUUACAGAAAGCAGCCUUGGGGGCUGGUAAAAUCCUUCAUUGAGAAGAAUUUCUGGAGUGGCCUAGAAGAUUAUUUCCGUCAUUUAGAAAGUGAGCUGACCAAAACGGAGAGCACGUACCUGGCUGAGGUCCACAGACAAUCCCCCAAAGAGAAAGUGAGCAAGCAAUCAACAGUCCGCCGGAGGAAACGGGCCCAUGCCCAUCUGCGGGUGCCGCACUUGGAGGAGGUGCUGAGUCCCGUCACCACCCCCACGGAUGAGGAGGUUGCUCACCGAAUCAAGCACGUGGCAGGUUCCACACAGACACGGCACAUCCCCGAGGAGAGCCCCAGUGGCUUCCACCUGCAGAGCGUUUCCAAGCUGCUCCUCGUCAUCAGUUUUGUGAUCUGUUUCAGCCUGGUGUUGCUGGUCAUUCUCAAUAUGAUGCUGUUCUACAAACUGUGGAUGUUGGAGUAUACCACCCAGACGCUCACAGCAUGGCAGGGCUUGCGGCUACAGGAAAGGUUACCCCAGUCGCAGACAGAAUGGGCCCAGUUACUAGAAUCUCAGCAGAAGUAUCAUGACUCAGAGUUACAAAAAUGGCGUGAGAUCAUCAAAUCCUCCGUGAUGCUUCUAGACCAGAUGAAGGAUUCACUAAUAAAUCUCCAGAAUGGCAUCGGGUCCCGGGACUUCGGGUCAGAUCCAGAGGAGAAACGGAAACGUUUCCACUAACAGGCAGGAAUGCAGGAGGCCAGAGGACGGUGUGCAAUAUGUGUAAAUAGGAUAUAUAAAUAUAUAUAUAUAUAAAUAUAUAUACAGAAUAUAAAUAUAUAUAUUAUAUACAGAUUUUAAGAGAAAAAAAAAAAAAAAAGCCUACGUACCGAGAGGAAGGACUGACCUCCAACACUGGCUGAAAUGGAGUGUCUCAGUGGUAGUGUGGGGUGUGUGUGUUGCGUGUGUGUGUGUGUAUGGGAGGGCUGUGCUCUCCUGGCACUGAGGUGUGCUUAGGAAUGCACCCAAGUGUGCUACCCUGGGCCUGUUUGCACCACUGUUCUGUAAUAUUCCUGGCUGUUCGUCUGUCUGUCUGUCUGUUUCUGUUGUUUCAAAGGGAAGCAUCAGAGUGAAUGCCCCUCCCCUCCCUGCGCAUGAAGGUCCCUGACUGAUGAUAUGUAUCUACACAUAUAAAGGGAACACUGUCAACUUUCUUACCUUGCUGGCUUCAGGGCAGAGAGGUUUUGGCAAUCACCAUCGAUCCCUUAUGAAACGAUCCCCCGUUUGGAGAGGAGGCCUCCAGAGGAAUUGCUGUAGGGCUGUGGAGAGCAGGUCUCCCUGGCAAUCAUCUUCUACGUCUCUUGGAGCAGAAAUGCAAUUUGCUGCCAUGCUGGCCAGCCUGGUUCAGAGAGCAAAGCACAGAAUGUAAACGAGCCUGAAAUGAUUCCUCCAAACACUUAGUUUGCCUCCUCCUGUAAUUGAUAGUGCAUUAAUAGCUGAGGAGAUGGCGGGGAGCAGGAGUGUCUGCCCACAUGAUGCUCGGAGUGGGGAGAGCCACACUGCAGAAAGCACACUUCCAUUUCUUUUGACAGUGUCCCCUUUACUUUUGCUGUGGUUCUCUGCUUUCUGUGUGCUUGGGCCCCUGCCAUUAAGCCAUCCCCGUGCUGAAGAUCUACAUCGGUGCUGAUAAGGGCUGCCUGUGGGACUUCUCACAACAGGGAGAGUGCCCCAGCUACAAAAGAAAACCAAAAUGAGUAUUUAUAUGUGAGCACUCCUUCCUGCCAGGCUGUGUGCUGUUAGCACAACAUGGAGUGGGAGAGCUAAGGAAACAGCAGAACUACUCUUGCUGUCCUGCUUGGUAAAUUCACCUCUCAUCCCUGGUCUGCGAGAUCAUUUUGUUCAUACCUCUUAGCCUUCAUCUUUACUUCUGAGCUACGUAGGAAAACAAAUUAUUUUCCUUCAGCGGUGACAGCAAAAGGAUAUCUUUGCUUUUGAUACUUACAUGACUGCAUCUACAGCUGCAGGGCCUCCGUCAGCCUAGGAGAGAUUAGGAAGGGCCCCAAGGAACAAAAAAGAAGACAGAAAAAGUACUGCCAAGGGGCGUGGGAUAGACCUGGCUGUUAUCCACAGUGUAAGGUAGUGACUGGGAUCUCUCCUAAGCUAGAUAGCACUGCAUUGGCUCCCUAAGCAAGUCAGGUGGCAGACCUGCAUUAAAAAAAACAGCAUGCAUUUUUACUACUUUCUAGGGCAUUUCUCCAGAUUCCCAUUAGCAGCCACAUGAGGGAAAGAGGGACUGUGCACUGGGUGGGAUGGGGGGUGCCCAAGUAAGCAAUUAAUAAAUGCUUUCUCAUCUUACCCAGCCCGGUAGGGUAGGUGACAUGCAAGGCACUCAGUCUCCACCUUUGUCGAGAACCUUUGUUCAGAAGCAGGCCAUGUCCACUCCUAGAUGGCAGGAAGGAGUCAGCUGUGUGUUCCCACAAGAAAUGGUGCAGGUCUCAUGUGUCCGUUGGUCUCUAGCUCGAAUUGGCACUGAAAGAGAAGGGGACAUAAGGGUGAGUGAGUGUUUUUUUGCAUCUUAGUAUAGCAGGAAUCCACACAGCUGAGGAAAACCCUCACAAGCUCCAGCUUAUGCAGCCCAACCAGGGCAAGGUACUGCCAUUAGAAGUAACCUGCUGAUUUCUCCCAGCCUGCCUCAUAAUUAAAUGACCAAAUGCUAGAAACAGCAUGACAUAGAGAAGAAGACUAACAGGUUACUGAAUGCUCUUAAAAGACUCUGAAAGCAAGGUACAAUUGGCAAUGCCUUGGGAACUAGGGAGUUACUUGUAUUGAUGACUGUUUGAUUUCGUGCUGCUGACUACUAUGCUGCUCCCUGACUUCUUCCAGGGGUGCUGCUGAAAUGGCUGCUAUACAACAAAUCUGAGCUGCUAGAGCCUGAGAAGGGCAUUCUGCUGCUCUCACCUUGGGACCAAGGGGCCCCAGUUCCCUGCUGCUGACUUGCCACACUGGCUGAGAUGCCCCUUCGCCACUCCUGUGUUGCUAAGCACAGAAAAAUGCUUUGCAGCCCAUCUUCCCCACUUUUGGUAUUUAAUUCCAUAGAGCAGGAAAAAAAUAAAGAGAGAGGAAGGCCUAUGUUUGCUGCCUUGCCCUUGCCAGAAAAGAAGAAGCAAGAGAAAGAAACCUGGAAUGUGGGUCUUGGCAGCAUGGCCAGCAAACUUCUGUACAUACACAAACAGAACCCAGCAGAGGACAGAAAACCCACGUGUCUGAGAGGGUCCAAAAUAAAUGCCAGUAGCUAGAGCUGGCUGCUUACCAAGCUGACAUUCUCUUGCUGGUUAUGGAGGCAAGAAAUCCCUUUGCUCGCAUGUGCAUCCUCCUUCCUCUGCAGCAUCUCUGCAGACUGCGGUCACGUUGGGUUCUGGAUGUUCCCACUGGUACAGCUUCCUUGGGCUUGGCCUUAGAGACAAAUUAAUGUGAGGUUGCACACAGGCAGCUGUAAAAGUAUUAAGCACUACUAUUCAUUUUGCCUGCAUGUUAAACUGGGUUUAACAUGUCUGACAGAAAUAAUCUGUCCAGCAAGUGGAGCUGGGUUUGGAUUUGCUGAAUUUUGGCAGCUACAAAAGAGACUGUCAAAGAAACAUGGCUCCAGCCAAACGUGCACAUUCAUGCCAACAGAGAGUAACCUAAUUUGUGCCAAGUAAGAUGCUACCUAUCAGCAGGAGGGAGAUGACAAAGCCAUCUUGCCUGUUUGUCUAUAUCACCUGCUUCUGUAGGAGAAGAAUGCAUCACUAAUCCUAGCUUGACAGAAUUUUAAUAAAUACAUACCUUCUAAUGGUUACCUAAAAGGAAACGUUUGGGUUAUGGCAUCUGAGAUGAGCUCAAGGUGAAUUUGAGCACUUUUCCCAUCAGACAGACCGUUUGUUUCAGAAGCUCGCUUGGGUGUAGAUGGAGACAUACUUCAGCCUGCUCAUCCCUCAGCAUAAAACUACCUAGCCUGCACAAAUAUGCUUUUCCCCACCUUUAUAGGAGCCAGUAGAAAGUUCAUUUUCCAAUUAGCAACUGGGAACACUUAGUGCCAGUACUUAAGGUGAGACCUUUUGGAUAUGCUCUGCAGUGAUUUCUGUGCAGAUACAGAGGCUUCACAGUUUGGCUGCACGUAAGAAGUGCUACUCAGAAGGGAGUGCAUACAUGCAGGCUGUGCUGAGUGCAGUCCCUCCUUGUCCCAUGGUCCUUAUCCCUCUUCCUUUCCUGCUAGCUUUGCCUUCUCAGAUCUGUAUUUCAGAAGCACCUGAAGAGGGGACAGAGAGGGCAGCCUGCAGCUUGCACCCUGUCCCGCACCAGGAAAGAGCUCCAGGCUGAGAUGGUUCACUCCAUACUACUCAGAAUGGGAAAACUUUUGAGGCUCUUCUUCCUCCUGGGUUCAUUUACAUAGAGUUCAUUUACAUCAAGUUAGAAUGCAAGUUCACAGGUAUGACAAACCCCUCUGUGAAUGCUGGUCCCCAGGCCUACUGCAGUGAUCUGGGAAGAGGCUCUGACCCCAAAAGGUAUUCCUUUAUAAUGUGUGGCUAACUAACAUGCUGAGUCCUACUCUGCUGCCACUGUGAAGAGGCCAUGCUCUCAAGAGUACUUCUCUACAAGAACAUCCCUAGUGCAUUACUAUGCUUGCUCCCAGGUGAGGUAUGUACCAAACUACCCAUUCUCCAGCAUACAAUCAGGUAGCUCUCUAUCUGAGUUUCCCUUUCCCAACCAGGAUAACAGGCUGACGACUUUCUAAUUUAAAAGCUAGGAAUUUCUGGUUCCACAGAACACUGGAAGUGGCACAGAGCUGAAGCUGCAUUGCUCAGUGCUCGCAGCACUGCUGGCUAGGGGCAGGAGGGGCAAUUCUGUCAUGUUUCUCAGGGCAGCUGGCAGAACUGUGUUGGCAGAACUCUGAAGUAUGUGCUCAACAUAGAGAUCAUUCCAGCAGGGUCUGCUGCCAUUGAGAAGUUUCAUGGUGGGUUCGUGUAGAUUCUGGCUCGGUCUUUUCAGACAGUCUCAGUACUAGUUUAAAUAUCCAGCAGGGGCUUGCUUAAAAACAACUCAAAACAGAGACUCUUAAACCAAAGCACCUGAGGUAAGUAGCUUGCAAAACAUUUGUAUCAGUGUAGUUGCUGAGGUGUAACUGUGCUGACUUUCUGGCCCGUUCCCUCUGCCUGGCAUGCUCUGAUCCCUGUGCUUUGCACCCUCCCCUGCACGAUUCUCUUUGUGCCAUAAUACGUUUCUUUUUUAGAUGUGCACACUGGCCAAAUAAUAUCCUCAUGUCUUUAUUGACUGCCGACUGAGAUUAUUCCCUGACCUAGCCAGACAGCAUGGGCUUCAACCCUCUGCAUGGAUCCUGGUGGGCCAUGCUCCCCUCUCCCACACGUUUUGCAGGGCUUGCUAUGGCUUUUCCCUCUCCCCACACACCUCUGCUGCCGGACAAUCAUUCCCUUUGUCAUGGAUGGACUGACCUGGUGCUGUCCCUGCUUGCCUUCCCUUGAUGCAGUCUGUACGCCCUUUAAGUGAAUGUGUUUUGUUUGUUUUCUUAUUUUCUUCAGUAGGGAAAAGACUUCCUUCUGCGGAAGGAGUUAUAUUUGCACAUGGCUCAGGGAGGUACCUCCUCUGGCCGUUUCUGUUACCUCACUCAUGUAGGCCAAUUCCAUUGCUAACGUUAAAUGGCCACCCUUCCCCAACCCAAACUCCAAGAAUCGUUAGGGAAUAAAACAAAUGUGCAGCUCAGGUUCUACAGCCGCUUGGUCGUGUCUCAGUCUUGGCCCAAAUUGCCCCAGCAGUGUAAGGAGGUGGGAGAACGGCUGUUGCAAAGCAGCUCUACCCAGCAAAGAGGUGGAGCCUGCGCCACACACGUGCAUUCCAGUCUUUGCAAGCCCACCUCCCCUGGGAUAGCACUUAGCAGAGCAGAUACAGCAGCACUAACCUGGCUCUUGGCCCGACGAGCUCAGAGCAGAGGGAGGAGCAGCAGAACCAUCGCAGCGUACAUCUCUGACCACCAGGACUGGCACUGUGUGGCUGUGGCACCUCUGGGACGUGGUCACUCUCACUGCAGUUCAUCUCAUCACAUGCUCCAGGGCUGGGUAAAGCUGCUAUAAACACCCUGGAGUGUGUUCUGCCCACCUGAGCCCCACAUCCUGCAACCCCGAUCGCUGCCGCAAUUGCAGAUUAAUGAGGAUCUCCUCGUGUCAGCAAGGCGAGGGAACGGUCAUACAAAAACCCAUGGGUGUGCAUUCCCCUUCUGGAUUUCAGCACCAGGGCCAGGGAAGCAGAGGGCUGUUGGCCACAGCCUGCAGCACCGCCAUGAACUUCAGGGUGGGCUGGGGGAGGACCCGUGGUUUUGUUUUAGGAGUUGUUGAACUGUCAUCAGGUUUGCGCUGUGCGCAAAACGCGAGGAAAUGAUGAUGAAACUUACCUGCUAGAACCUAGGAAUUGUAAAGGCUAUGCAGCCAAAACUCCAUGUAAGUAGCUAGUACAAUGGAAGUACGGUAUAAAUUAAACAGAAGUCUAUCAAACAACA